GGAAGUAGGGCAUAUAACUGACCUCGAGCCUAGUCCUCAUUCAGUCCUCAGUUGUCUUUAUACUGAAAUCUGCUGCAUCAGCAUUACGUUACUUCAUAAUCAGCAUCAUGGGUGAUCGACUGGAGGUUGUGAAGGGACACCUGUCGACUGGACAGGUCCAACAGUCGUGCUGCAGCGCCCCUGGCUGCGGGCCCGGGUAUCGCACCCCGCUGGACGCUAUGAAGGCCCCGAAGGAGCAGAUUGUCUACCUUCCCUGUAUCUACCGCAAUACUGGUAUAAACAGGCCUGACUAUCUUGCCACCGUGGACGUGGAUCCCAAUUCACCGACUUACAGCAAGGUAAUCCACCGCCUGGAGGUGCCGAACAUGAAGGACGAGCUGCACCACACCGGGUGGAACGCCUGCAGCUCCUGUUUUAACGACGCCUCCAAGUCCAGGAACCGCCUCAUCUGUCCUGGUCUCAUCUCCAGCCGGAUAUACGUCAUCGACACGGGAACCAAUCCGCGGGCUCCUCGCAUUCACAAGACUGUAGAGCCGACCGAGGUGUACUGGAAGACCGGAUUGGCUAACCCCCACACGACCCAUUGCCUGGGCAGCGGCGAGAUCAUGAUCAGCACGAUCGGUGAUCCGAGCGGGAACGCCAAAGGAGGUUUUGUCCUGCUGGACGGGGAGACGUUUGAAGUGAAGGGGACCUGGGAGGUUCCGGGACAAGAGACAGAGUUCGGGUACGACUUCUGGUACCAGCCCCGGCACAACGUCAUGAUCAGUACGGAGUGGGGACACCCAAAACUGCUGUCAGGUGGUUUUGACCCUCAGCAUUAUGCCGAUGGGAAGUACGGCCAGAGCCUUCACGUCUGGGACUGGACAACCCACAGGCGCAUCCAGGACAUUGACCUCGGCCCCGAGGGCGCCAUUCCACUGGAGAUCCGCUUCCUGCACAACCCGGACGAGCCGCAAGGGUACGUGGGCUGUGCGCUCAGCAGCAACGUCUUCAGGUUCUACAAGACUCCGAGAGGUGACUGGGCAACAGAGAAGGUGAUCGACAUCCCGAGUAAGAAGGUGGAAGGCUGGGCUCUGCCUGAGAUGCCAGGGCUCAUCACGGACAUUCUGAUCUCCAUGGACGACCGUUUCCUGUACUUCAGCAACUGGCUGCACGGUGACGUCAGGCAGUAUGACAUCACUGACCGCAGGAACCCCAAGUUGGUCGGGCAGCUGUUCCUCGGCGGGAGCAUCUGUAAGGGCGGUCCUGUGAGGGUGACACAUGACGUGGAGCUGGACCAGCAGCCGGACCCUCUGGUCCUGAACGGGCGGGUGAAGGCCGGCUCAGCGCCGCAGAUGCUGCAGCUCAGUCUGGACGGCAAACGGCUGUACGUCACCACCUCUCUCUACAGCGGCUGGGACAAACAGUUUUACCCGGACAUGAUCAAAGAGGGUUCCCUGAUGUUCAUUGUUGACGUCAACACCGACGUUGGAGGCCUGUCCCUGAACCAGAAUUUCUUGGUGGAUUUCGGGCAGGAGCCUCACGGUCCGGUCCUGGCUCACGAGGUCCGCUACCCGGGCGGGGACUGUAGCUCCGACAUCUGGCUCUAGACUACUUGACAGGAUUGUUGCUGUAUCCAGCUGUAUCCAUGUUUAAUGCUGGUGCCAUAAGCUUGUAAUGGCUUUUCUGCAUGCUGCAAUUGCCUGGCGUUCGCCAAAAAAGCGACAAGAGGUGUCCAAAGGUGAUGUUCUCAUAUAGAAAUAUCGCACGUCAACAUAAUACAUUCCAUACACAGGGUCAUCAGUACUGAUAAGUACCAUGCAGCCAUGAACUUAAUUUUCUUACUGACAUUUUGUGUCUAUGAUACAAGUAAAUUCCAGCUAGAAUAUGAACAUCUAUUUUUAGAAUCCAAAAACCACUUAAUGGUUAUAUUGUUGUUGGAAUUAUUCUCAAUAUCAAGGUAACCAGUACCCGAGAGUAUAAUAUACAAUUAGUCGAAACUAUGACUUAGAAAGCAAUUGAUCUUUAUAUCUGAUAAUUUUUACCUUUCAACGUUACAUCCAGAAAAUAGAAUUAAAACUGGUGGGAUUCGUCAUCUAGGAGAUAUGGUGUUCACUAACUCUGGACUGUUCAAAGGACUACAUAGGUGGUAGUUAGUAAUUGCAUGAUUCCUUAAUUUUUUUCUUUCGUAAACAAUCGGAGUGCAAUGCAUGCUGCUACAUUUAGAAACUUGAAAGGUAUUUAGAUAAACGUAAGUAGUCGAAAUCGUUUGAUUAAAGAGUGAUGAUACAAUCCAAUAUCGGUACAAAAAAUUGAUUUAAAAUGGAAAUUGUCAUCUGUGUCAGAAUGCAUGCAAAAUAAUAGCAAUAUGCGAUAUAAUAAAUGUGUGUGAGUGUAAAA